AAAAUGGCUGGUGAGUCUAUAUAGCUUGCCAACGAAUGUGUUUCUUUAUUUGUUUUAUUGUAAUUCUAAUCAUGUCAUUUUCAGAUCUUUAUGCCAAAUAUAAUUGUACUUAUUGUCAAGAAGAAAUAAAUGGAGUCCGUGUAAAAUGCACAGAAUGUGUCGAUUUCGAUAUUUGUUUGCAGUGUUUUUCUCUUGGUGCUGAGAUUGGAUCUCAUAAAAAUGAUCAUUCCUAUCAGUUCGUGGACUCUGGAGCAUUUGGUAUAUUUCUAGGUCGCAGUAGUUGGUCAGCAAACGAAGAAGUUAGAUUAUUAGAUGCCAUAGAACAAUUCGGUUUUGGAAAUUGGGAAGAUAUAGCAAAACAUAUUGAAACAAGAACUCCUGAAGAAGCUAAAGAUGAGUAUAUCACAAGGUAUUUGGAGGGAACAAUUGGCCGUGCAACUUGGGGCAAUGUGGAAAGCACAUCACGGCCAUCUCUGCACUGUGCAGAUAGAGAUGAAGGACCUCUAGGGCCGACAGCUGUAUCCAGACUACCAGGUCUUGCCAUCACCAAUGAUGAAGCUGCCUUCGGCUACAUGCCCAAUCGGGAUGACUUUGAAAGGGAACAUGAUCAUGAGGCUGAACAGUUGAUAUCAACAUUAUCUCUGAACCCUGAAGAUGAUGAGUUAGAUGUCGCCCUGAAGUUGUCUCAAGUUGACAUUUACAUAAGAAGAUUACGUGAGAGAACAAGAAGAAAACGAUUAGUGCGUGACUAUCAACUUGUUUCUGUGUUCUUUAACAUUCAGAGGAACAAGCAGAAGACACUUGGAAAACUUGCCAAAGAGAAGAAGGAGUUCACGGAGCGGCUGCGGUGGACGGCGCAGUUCUACGGGCGCGCGGAGCAGGCGGGCGUGGUGGCGGCGCUGUGGCGCGAGCGCGAGCUGCGCGUGCGCCUGGCGGAGCUGCACCGCUACCGGCUGGCGGGCGUCACGCGGCUGGAGGAGUGCGCGCACUACGACCAGCACGCGUCGCACCGCCGCCACCCGCACCACCACCUCGACGGCAGCAGUGGGUGCCUGGAAACCAACCAGACAAAAGAGCUAACGCAGAUCAACACGCUGCAGCAAAGAAAAAGAGACGGAGAAAGCGGCUCAAGUUCCACCAGCCCAAGGUGCACACGGGACGGAAGUACCGCAUGUGGAUGCUCCAAAAAGAGCUCAUGCAACAACAACAGCGCAGGAUGCUCGAGGCAUCUGCUGACCAGUAAUGAGAUACAGUUGUGCUCGGCGCUGUCACUGCCGGCGGCACAGUACGUGACGCUGAAGGGCGUGCUGCUGCGCCGCGCCGGUGACGGCGACGCCGAGCUGCACGUGCGACACUAUCUCGCCGCCGCCGGCUGGCUGCGCUAGGGGACGCCGUUUCACACCCGCCACCAACACCACCAACACCAACACCACCACUCGCCAUGCGCCGACACUCGACGUGCGCGCUGUCAAACGAUUCCAUCGCGGGGCUAACCAGAUCAGAAAACUAUAAGGCGGUAUUGUGGCAUUUUGUUUUUGUCUCUGUAGAAUGGGUAGUGUUCACGAUUCUUGAUGGUGGACGCAACCACUGCCUGUAAUCUAUAACAAUGUUACUGUUGAGCUUUGAUUCACGAAACACAAUGUAGUGUCGGCACUAUACAUUUACCAUAUUUUUAAAAGCAACUUAUUGUAUCUAUACCCAUGCCCAUUUAUUUAAAUAGCAGCUACAAAUAAAUUCAAAACGAUAGUUAUUAUGGUUUUAAGGAAAACUUAUACAGAGUAACAAGUGCACAGUACCUGACCUCCAUAUAAAUGUUAGUUAUGCCGGCAAUUGGAAAUUCGUUUGACAGCGCGGGCGAAAGAGAUAUUUUCUCAAAUUUACACAGACGUGUG